AUGAUGCUGGAGAAGUGUUCCUUCUGUAAGAAAGGGGAAUGUAUCAAACCUGUAAAAGUGGAAAAAAAGCCUGGGAAAGCAGCAGCCAAGAUCAGAAUUGAAGCAGAUGGGAGCUAUUUUCAGAUCAAUCAGGAUGGAGGAGCACAGAAACUGGAAAAGGCUAAAAUUACCCUGAACGACUGUUUAGCAUGUAGUGGCUGCAUCACAUCAGCAGAGAGUGUUUUAAUCACUCAGCAGAGCCAUGAAGAGCUCUGCAAAGUGCUGGCUUUUAACAAGACUGCCACUCCCAGUGAGCAGAAGUUGGUGGUGCUUUCUGUUUCACCCCAGUCCAGAGCUUCACUAGCUGCAAGAUGUAAAAUGGGUGUUCUGGAGACAGCAAAGAAGCUGACUGCAUUCUUGAAGAGUUUAGGUGUGCACUAUGUUUUCGAUACAACCUUCUCCAGAAACUUCAGCCUGUUGGAGAGCCAGCGGGAGUUUGUGAAGCGCUUUCGAAAGCAAUCAGAGGACAAAAAGGCUUUGCCAAUGCUUGCUUCUGCCUGUCCAGGUUGGAUCUGCUAUGCAGAGAAAACCCAUGGCAGCUUCAUCAUUCCUUAUAUCAGUACCACCAAGUCUCCACAGCAGGUCAUGGGCUCCUUGAUCAAGGGCUAUUUUGCAGCGCAGCAGCACUUAACACCCAACCAGAUAUACCACGUAACAGUGAUGCCCUGUUAUGACAAAAAGCUAGAGGCUUCAAGGCCAGACUUUUUCAACCAGGAGUACCAAACUCGUGAUGUGGACUGUGUAAUCACCACAGGAGAAGUGCUCAAGCUGCUGGAACAAGAAGGAGUAUCUCUAUCAGAUGUAGAUCCUGCUCCACUGGAUACCAUGUUCAGCACUGCAGAAGAGGAGCUCACAGGCCACUCUGGAGGUGGUUCUGGUGGCUACUUGGAGCACAUAUACAAAUAUGCAGCCAAGGAGCUCUUUGGAAUUCAAGUGGAUACAGUUCAGUACAAACCUUUAAAAAACAAGGACUUCCAGGAGGUGACACUGGAGAAGGAUGGAGCAGUCCUGCUCCAGUUUGCUUUGGCCUAUGGGUUUCGAAACAUACAGAACCUAGUGCAGAAGCUGAAACGAGGGAAAUCACCGUAUCACUACGUGGAAGUCAUGGCCUGUCCCUCAGGCUGCUUAAAUGGAGGUGGUCAGAUCAAGCUCGAUGGGGACUCCAGCAAGGAGCAGCUGCAGGAAGUUGAGAGGUUGUAUGAGUCUGUUCAGACUGCAAUGCCAGAGGGGAACCACGCUGUCCAUGAACUCUAUGAGCAGUGGCUGGGUGGUGUGGAGUCGGAAAAGGCUGUGGAAGCCUUGCACACGGAAUACCACGCCGUGGAGAAGACAAGCACUGGGUUUAACAUCAAGUGGUGA